AUGGGGAAAGUAGCUGUUGUUGCGACGGUUGUGUGCUCUGCGGCGGUUUGUGCGGCGGCGGUAUAUAUUGUGCGACGGCGGAUGCAAAGCUCCGAGAAAUGGGCUCGAGUGAUUCAGAUAUUGAAGGCGUUCGAAGAAGAUUGCGCAACGCCGAUCGGGAAACUGAGACAGGUGGCUGAUGCUAUGACCGUGGAAAUGCACGCCGGUCUCGCAUCGGAAGGUGGAAGCAAGCUUAAGAUGCUUAUCAGCUAUGUCGAUAAUCUUCCUUCUGGGGAUGAGAAUGGUAUCUUCUACGCAUUGGACCUAGGCGGAACAAACUUCCGCGUAAUGCGUUUCCUUCUUGGUGGGAAAGAAGGUGGUGUUGUGAAACGAGAAUUCAAAGAAGUUUCAAUUCCUCCUCCUCUCAUGACCGGAAAAUCAGAUGAAUUAUUCGAUUUCAUCGCUGGAGUUCUUGCAGAGUUUGUCGCUACAGAAGGCGAUGACUUUCGUCUUCCACCUGGUAGACAAAGGGAGUUAGGUUUCACUUUCUCGUUCCCGGUUAAGCAAACAUCUUUGUCCUCUGGCACUCUCAUCAACUGGACAAAAGGCUUCCACAUUGAAGAUACAAUUGGACAAGAUGUUGUUGGAGAGCUUAUUAAAGCUAUGGAGAGAGUUGGGGUUGACAUGCGUGUCGCAGCGCUUGUUAAUGAUACGAUUGGAACACUGGCGGGUGGUAGAUUCGAUAACCCGGAUGUCGUUGCCGCUGUUAUUUUGGGGACUGGUACAAAUGCAGCCUAUGUGGAACGUGCACAGGCAAUCCCCAAGUGGCAUGGCUUGCUUCCCAAGUCAGGAGAAAUGGUUAUCAACAUGGAGUGGGGAAACUUCAGGUCAUCACAUCUUCCAUUGACAGAGUACGACCACUCGCUAGAUUUCGAGAGUCUGAAUCCUGGUGAACAGAUUCUUGAGAAAAUCAUAUCGGGAAUGUAUUUGGGAGAGAUCUUGCGUAGAGUGCUUCUGAAGAUGGCUGAAGAAGCUGCUUUCUUUGGAGACACCGUCCCACCUAAGCUGAAGAUACCAUUCAUCAUUAGGACCCCAAACAUGUCUGCUAUGCACAGCGACACUUCUCCGGAUUUGAAGGUUGUUGGAAGCAAGUUAAAGGACAUCUUGGAGGUCCCUACAAGUUCUCUAAAGAUGAGAAAAGUUGUCGUCAGUCUGUGUAACAUCAUCACUACCAGAGGAGCUCGUUUGUCUGCUGCAGGGAUCUACGGAAUCCUCAAGAAACUGGGAAGGGACGCGACGAAGGAUGGAGAAGCUCAGAGAUCGGUUAUAGCCAUGGACGGUGGGCUGUUUGAGCACUAUACUCAGUUUAGUGAGUCAAUGAAGAGCUCACUGAAUGAGUUGCUUGGAGAUGAAGUUUCAGAGAGUGUUGAAGUGAUUCUGUCGAAUGAUGGCUCAGGUAUUGGAGCUGCAUUACUCGCUGCUUCUCACUCUCAGUAUCUCCAACUUGAAGACACUGAAACAAUAAGUUGA